CCCUGAUUGGAUGACAUGGCCUAGAAUGAGUGUGUCACUUUCUAAUUUUAGAGACAGAGAUUACACCAUAUAGGCGGUUGCCGGUGCAAUUUCCCAGCAGUAGAACGAAUGUAGGAAGAAGAACAGGACAUAGCCAUUAACCAGUAAUCCCGGCCGAGUCCGGCGUACAAGUCGAGCGACAGAGAGCUCCGAAGGAGAAGACAGCGAAGCAAAAAGCGAUUGCGAUCCGUAUCCAAAAGGUACGACGCACAUUCGACAAAAUCCGUCAAUUACGGAUUGAGACUUCUGAAUCAAAUAACGAAACAUGUACGAAGGCGACAUUGGACUCAACGCUCAGGACUAUGGCGAGGGCGCAAUCGUCCCCCGAUCCUUGGACGAGCUGGUUGAAUGGCUGGACCUACCCGGCGCCGAGUGCGGACUUGGGUAUGGAACCGACAUCAACCACGACAUCCAACAUUUCACUACGAUUGGAUCAGAAAGUAAAUGGCCUAUUUGACAACGAAUAUGCUGGCAUCAUGGAUGACUUUGCCGGCAACAAAAUGGACUCUAUCUUGGAUAAAGAAUUUCUGAUAUCAGAAAAGAGUAAUUUGGGAAUGGAGGGGGGUGAAGUGGAAGAUUUCCUUGAAGCAAUGGGUUCCACAUUCCCAGGAGAUGACUUUCUCAACAGUUUUAUGGACCUUUCAAACUUCACUGAUGUGCAGGAAAAUGAAGACAAGCCAGAGUUGGCUCUCACUAAACCUGUUAUAAAUUUUGCUGAGCCAGAGCCAAGUCCGGUUGUCGAGUUUACUGCUCAACAGGAUGAAGAAAUGGUUGUUCCGGAGACUGAGGAAGUCAUCACGGUGGAAUGUGGCAAAAAACGUAAACGAACCGUGACGGACGAGGAAGAAGGCCUAGCGGCUGCGGGUCUUGAUCACGAUUACAUCACCAAAAAACCUCGGACGUCUACGGUAACUGUUGAAUUGGGAAACGAAACGGAUGAAGACAAGGCCACUUCUCCAGAUAAGAAAUACGUAGAGAGGCGCGUUAAAAACAACAUAGCUUCUAAAAGAUCGCGCUACGUCCGUAAAAUGAAGUUUGUAGAGAUGGAAAGUGAGGCAGAGAGGCUUGUACAAGAAAAUCAAAGGAUGCGGCUAAAAAUCGAAGAACUAGAGCAGCUCGCUAAAGAAAUGAAAGCGGCCUUAAUUAACAAACUGGCUGAGAAAAAGUAAUUUGGGGGGUGGGAAUCCGGGAGGGGUGGGGGU